UCCUCCUCCCGUGCGUGCCUGUCUUUGCAUCUCCACUCUUCUCCCUCCCUCCCUCCUCCGGAUCCAUCGCCGGCCGAGCUCUCCCAAGGGCCGGGCACUUGGUGGGCUCGUCCUUGUUCCCCGCUGUGUUUUGCCGAGUCAAGGGGAUCUCUUUGGAGGCUCGGCGAGAUGCUGCUCGUGGUGAUGUGAUCGCAUAGCAACACAGCAGCCGGGGCGGUGGAGGAGGAGAGGCAGCGGUGCUGAGGCUCAGCAUGCAUCCCUGGCACAGGGACUCCUCUGCUGAUUCACACGCACAGCCCCUCUCCCCGCUGCCCGCUGCCCCCGCGCCUCACACCUGGCGGACUCGGAAGGUUGAAGCCUCGCAGGAUGGUGCAGGACCUUCGUGUGUAACCCCCCGGGCUCCAAGCAGUGCUGCCGGGCCCCAGGCCCCUCUGGAGAUGAAUCUUUGCUGGAACGAGAUAAAAAAAAAAUCCCACAGCCUUCGGGCUCGGCUGGAGGCCUUCUCUGACCACAGUGGGAAGCUGCAGGUGCCUCUCCAGGAGAUCAUCGACUGGCUGGGGCAGAAGGAUGAGGAGCUGUCGGCACAGCUGCCCCUGCGGGGUGAUGUUCUCCUGGUGCAGCAGGAGAAGGAGACACACGCGGCUUUCAUGGAAGAAGUGAAGUCUCGGGGACCAUACAUUUACUCUGUCCUGGAGUCAGCACAGGCUUUCCUUUCCCAGCACCCAUUUGAGGAAUUAGAAGAACCAACUUUGGAAAGCAAAGAUGUGUCUCCCCGGCACCGGAUCCAGAACAUCAGCCGCUUUGUCUGGAAGCAGGCCAACGUGGCCAGUGAGCUGUGGGAGAAGCUCACGGCCCGGUGUGUGGACCAGCACCGCCACAUUGAACGGACCCUGGAGCAGCUGCUGGAGAUUAAAGGGGCAAUGGAAGAGCUCAGCACGACCCUGGACCAGGCUGAAAGUGUGCGGGAGACCUGGGAACCCAUCGGGGACCUCUUCAUUGACUCCUUGCCAGAGCACAUCCAGUCAACCAAGCUGUUCAAGGAGGAGCUCUCCCCCAUGAAGGAUGGGGUGAAAGUGGUCAAUGAUCUUGCACACCAGCUUGCCAUCUCAGAUGUCCACCUGUGCAUGGAGAAUUCCCGCACCCUGGAGCAGAUCAACACCCGCUGGAAACAGCUGCAGGCCUCCAUAAAUGAACGCCUGAAGCAGCUCCAAGAUGCCCACCGUGACUUUGGACCAGGCUCCCAGCACUUCCUCUCCUCCUCUGUCCAGGUCCCCUGGGAGCGAGCCAUUUCCCCCAACAAAGUGCCAUACUACAUCAACCACCAGGCCCAGACGACGUGCUGGGACCACCCAAAGAUGACAGAGUUGUACCAGACGCUGGCGGAUUUGAACAACAUCAAGUUCUCGGCAUAUCGGACGGCCAUGAAACUCCGGCGGGUGCAAAAAGCCCUUCGAUUGGACAUGGUCACCCUGGCCACGGCUUUGGAAAUCUUUAAUGAGCACGACCUGCAGCCCGGUGACCGGGCGAUGGACGUGGUGGAGGUCAUCCACUGCCUGACCGCCCUCUACGAGCGGCUGGAGGAGGAGCGGGGCAUCCUGGUGAACGUGCCCCUCUGCGUGGACAUGAGCCUCAACUGGCUGCUGAAUGUCUUUGACAGUGGCCGCAGCGGGAAGAUGAGAGCUCUCUCCUUCAAGACAGGCAUCGCGUGUCUGUGCGGGACGGAGGUCAAGGAGAAGUUCCAGUAUCUCUUCAGCCAAGUGGCGAACGCCGGGGGACUGUGUGACCAGCGGCACCUCGGCGUCCUGCUCCACGAGGCCAUCCAGGUCCCACGACAGCUGGGGGAGGUGGCAGCGUUCGGGGGCAGCAACGUGGAGCCCAGCAUCCGCAGCUGCUUCCGCUUCAGUAAUGGCAAGUCUGCCAUUGAGGCAUCCCAGUUCCUGGAGUGGGCCAACCUGGAGCCACAGUCCAUGGUGUGGCUGGCGGUGCUGCACCGGGUGACCAUGGCCGAGCAGGUGAAGCACCAGACCAAGUGCUCCGUGUGCCGGCAGUGCCCCAUCAAGGGAUUCAGGUAUCGGAGCCUGAAGCAGUUCAAUGUGGAUAUCUGCCAGACCUGCUUCCUCACCGGGCGAGCCAGCAAGGGCAACAAGCUGCACUAUCCCAUCAUGGAGUACUACACCCCGACCACAUCCAGUGAGAACAUGAGGGACUUUGCCACGACACUGAAGAACAAGUUUCGCUCCAAGCAAUACUUCAGCAAGCACCCACAGAGGGGUUACCUGCCCGUCCAGUCUGUGCUCGAGGCUGACUUCUCUGAGACCCCAGCCUCCUCCCCGAUGUUACCACACGCCGACACACACUCCCGGAUCGAGCACUUUGCCAGCAGGCUUGCAGAGAUGGAAAGCCAGAAUUGCUCCUUCUUCAGUGAUAGCCUGUCCCCUGAUGACAGCCUGGACGAGGACCAGUACCUGCUGCGCCAUUCCAGCCCCAUCACUGACAGAGAGCCUGGGGGCAGCCAGCAGGUUCCAGGAAGCCUCAACAUGGAUGACAAGGGAGAGCUGGAAAGAGUCCUGUCCCACUUAGAGGAUGAAAACAGGAUCCUCCAGGGAGAGCUGAGACGUUUGAAAUGGCAGCAUGAUGAGGCAGUGGAGUCUCCAACCUUGGCUGCAGGCUCUCCUGAAUCAGUGCAAGACCCGCGGAACGACGAGCUCCUGGCAGAAGCACGAAUCCUCCGGCAGCACAAGAGCCGCCUGGAGACACGGAUGCAGAUCCUGGAGGACCACAACAAGCAGCUGGAGUCACAGCUGCACAGGCUGAGGGAGCUGCUGCUGCAGCCUCCAGCAGAGUCAGAAGGCAAUGGUUCAGCAGCCUCGUCCUUGGCUUCAUCUCCACAUCAGUCAGAAGGCAGCCAGGCAAAGGAGAGAGAGCACAACACCCCUGACACUGAAACUGCAGACGAGGUGGAAGCCAAAACCCAGGAAGUCAGCAUGUGCCUGGAAGACAUAAUGGAGAAGCUGCGGAGCGCCUUCCCCAACUCUCGAGUGCUGCUGGGACAGGAGCGUGGCCUGGGAACGGAGGAGGAGGAGGAGGAGGCUUCACACCUGCAAGGAGAGGAGAUCAGAGCUGCCAAGAGCACAGACCAAACAGAUCCCCGUGAUGAGCUGCAAGGCAGCCUCCUGCCCUGCUCAGGACCCUGCACUCCACGGGGCUCCCACCAUGAGGAUGGACAGACCUGUCAGCACCACCUGCAGCAACAGCUUUGAGCCACCUCCUGGCUUCAUCCCUGUCCAGACCCCUCUGCAGGAGAGGUCGAGGCCCCAGUAGCCUGGUGAGAUGGAAGCAAUGGUGCAAGCUCUCCUGGCUGCUCAUGGAUGGCUCUUCCCAGCAGGGAUGGAGACUGGGGGAUGUGUGUGUGGGUGGCACUCCACUCAGCGAGGUUUUGGUGUUGGUCAUUCUGCUCUUUCCCUCUGUGCUCCAGUGCAGGAGCAGCACUCAGUCUCUUGUCCAGGCUGCCAGAGGGAGACAUUGCUUGGUGCCAGCACUAACAUGAGGUGGUGGUCUGCCCAUGCAGACUCUUGCCCACUUUCUGCCAUCCCUGGGAUGGCCAGAUCCUUCUGGCUCUGCAGCAGCCCCUUUCUAACCAGGUGGCUCUGGGUCCUGCUUUCCUGACCUGUCUAUUUCUCUUUCAGGUAUGACCUCCCUUAUCUAACACCUCCUGUGAGCCAGAGGCUUUUCCUAACCAGCUACCUGGCUGCUUUCCUCCCCCUCUCUCCCUGCCAUGCUCCCUGUGCUGCAGCAGCCCUCACACAGACUCCCUCCGAGCUGGUGGUGCAGGAUGCUUGCCAGCUCCAGAAGAUCUCAGGGGAACAUAGGUCAUGCAGGAGUGGGACUGUGGGCUCCCCAGCAGGCUGGUUUGGUCACACAGUGGCUGAGCCUGGGUGGGAUGGUUCAGAAGAAAGAGCUGAAGCCAUGAAAACUGCCUGUCUCCCCUGGCACCCAUGGGCUGCUGCCUUUGCCUGUAGCCCUCGGGGGAUGCAGAGCUCAGCAUCCCACUCUUCAUUUGUGCCCAGGAGCCUCCAGGUCUAUGGGCAUCAAAACACUCUUGGAGCCACACAACUUUUAAAAUAACUCUUUAUAGCAGUAACCAGCUGCCAGCCUUAUGGUUUGAACUCUGCCACCCAAGGCUCUGCAGCCAGCCAGGCACAUACCACCAGGAGAGAGUCUGUGAGGUUUACGGAGUAGGGAUUGAGUCCAUGUUAGAGCUUCAGCCCAGCUAGUAGCCUUAUAUUGAGAGGGUCUUUAUAACAGAGCCUUAUUGUUUAAUUUGCAUAUAUUUCUAUAUAUUAUAUAUAUAUACUGUACUUAAACACUCUCAUGGACUCACUCUAUUAAACUCUAAUACCUUAAGUGUAGCUGCCCUUCACUUUCAGACCAGCCCAACUCCUGCUCCCAGGGGAGCCAGCACCUUCCCUGUUGCUGGUGUUGCCUUGCAGGGCUGCUGUGAGGGAGCUCAGUGAGGGCAGGUACUUCAUCCUGCCUGGUUUCCUGGGGAUCUUGUGCCUUUGCCAUGGCACAGAGAGCCUGUCCUGCACAGACCCAGCUCCAUCCCUGGGGAGCCUCAGGGGUUUCUCCAGCCACACUCCAGCCCUGGGGCCACCUUGGUCUGGUGCAAGUGCAUGGCAGUGUGGGUGGGCAGCAGGACAGGCAGGGCUCCUCCUUGCUGCCCCCAGGGAGCAGCUGCCCUGCUGCUGUCCCCACCUUUGUGUUGAGUGGGGGGCUGGAGGCCCUGGUUGGGAGGGGUCCCGUGGGGCAGUGCAGGGAGGUUGUUCUGCCAGCUGGCAGGGCAGCUUGGGGCUGGUGGCUCCAGGUCCCCAGGGGUCCCUCGGGCUGGCUGUCUGGUGCUGUUAUGUCGAGAAAGAGGCAGAGUCAGGUGCUGCAGGGUAACCCAGAGCUGGGGCUGAGAUGGCCCUGGUGCUCUGGAGACACAGGGUGUGGAGAGAUGAGAGGCUUGAGCCCUCGGGGCAGGGUAGGGCUGCACACUGAGGUGAAACAUCCGAUUUAAACAGGGCUUGCAAGGACAGAGCCAGGGCUGUUGUUGCUGGCUGGGAUGGGACAUCAUACUGAACUCUCUGGGGAGGCUGUGACCAGGGCAGGGUGUCAGCCCAGGGCUGUGGGCUUGGCUCUGGGGUGUUGGCAGAGGUGAGGAGCAGUUCCCACACCAAGGAUAAGGUGGUGUGAGCCUUACAGCCAGGACUAUUGAGCAUGUAGUGCUCCAGUGUCUGCUGGCAGCAGUGUGGAUGGCUGUCCUUGCUGUCCCCUGCCCGGGCCAGGUGAGUGGCAGGAGGGCAGUGUGGUGGCAUUAGGGUGGCUUUGGGCAUGCUGUGUCAGGCUGUGGGUGAGAGGGACCACAGGCCAGCCUGUGAGACCCAGCUGGACCCCUCUGUUAUCCCAGGGGCAUGGGAUGGAGCCUGGGGAGCAGCAGAGUGAGGCUUGGCCUGAGGGUGUGGUCAGGAGUAUCCAGCCUUGGGGGGCACUGGAGGAGGAAAAAGGGCAGGAUGAGGUCAGAGCUGCUGGCCCCAGUGGCAGGUGUGGGGAGCAGAGGUGGCCAGGUUGGGUGCUUGGGCUGUGUUUGGGAGCCAGGGGUGUGUCAGGGAGGGGAGCAGGCUGGCUAAUGCUCUGGUAACCAUGUACUGUGGUGCUGCUGUCCUCACUGCUUUGUGGCAUCUCUGCUCUGGAAAGAGAAUAAAUUUGUAUUUAUACUGAG